CCUAAGUACGCAGACGCGGCAAAUUACGAUGUCAAUACCUUGCAGAGUCAGCUGGCGCUGAAACUGAAUCCGAAUAUUAAGGCGAGAAACAAGCGCCGCGUGAUUUUUGCGGCAAUGAUUUAAGCCAGCAAGAGGUACUAAUCGCAAUUAUAGCAUUGAAGAUCUUGUUUUGAAUUUCAGGCAAUUAUGGGACACUUGUAUCUAAGCAGCAUGCGGCGCUGAAACUCCUGGACAACCUCGCGGAAGGCGUGGUUAUCCGGCCUGCGGGGGGUGCCGAAGUGACGAUAUUAUGGAAAGUUACUAAUUGUUCCAUAGAUAGUUCACUCUAGUCGGGUAACCCAGCAGUAAGUCCAAUUGUUUUCUGUCCAAAUCCCACCUAACAUAAGCCUGGAUUCAGAAUAUGGUACUGCAAAACCUGUAGUUGUCCAUAUUCCUACUUGAUUGUCCCAAGUUCAUUGUAUCCUGCCGAUCCAAGCGGCCUAUUUUCAUUUGAUUGCCCCACGUUCAUUGUAUCCUGCAGACCCAAACGGCACGAAGGAGCUGCCGGUAGCGCGGUUCAUGUUGAAACGGAAACCAGCACGCUUUUCAGAGGAGAUCGACAAUGUGGAGACGAUGCAUGGAGGUGAAACCCCGGAAGCAGUGUUUCGCACUCGGAUCGCGCGUCUAGUCAAUCUGAAUCGUCUCGCAUCAGUUGUGUCGAAGGCGCCGCCGCCGGAGGGUGUUUAUGCAAGAGUUUUUACUUACUUACUUACUUACUUACUUACUUACUUACUUACUUACUUACGCGCUGUGGUAGAAUGUUGAAUUUCAAAUGGAGUUUCUGAGGACACUGUCCUACAGACUUUUACGCACGGAGCAUAUCUGGUUUCUGAUGUUGUCGUCGUGGUACACUCUUUCCUUGCCGCUACGCGAGGGUCUUUCGUGGAGACGCGCAGGAGUAACUUCUAAUCAAACCACGCUACAGCAGAGGAAUGGUCCGUCUGGACUGAGCAGAUUGUUUCUGAUUUUGCCGGAGACGUGUGGGAAGCUUUCUGGUCGUCGGGCUGCGAUCUUGGGAGUGUGGAUUUUAUGGGAGUAGCACACGACGUAGGAGGAGCAGGUCUUGAUACCUUCUUCUCUUACUCAAUUUGAUAUCUUAGAUUUUCUUGCUCAGCUACCAGAAGAUCAGGGAAUUCGACGUGCAACUUGUUUACUUUCACUGAGACUUGUGCCUCUGUUGAGCUUGAAGAUACGAGUGAAGCAAGUAAAUGUCUUGAUGUGCUCGCGAUAUUUCCCUCUCAUGCACAACGACAUGGGUAACGAGUACGUGGAAAACGAGUGCCGCCGCGUUGUCGAUAAGCGCUACGGUGUCGUGUCCUGAAUCGCUUUGAGCAUACUUACCAAAGAUCGGUAAAGGCCGGGGCAAUAUUGUCCGGUGUAGCGAGGCUCAUUUCAGUGCCUAGGAGGUGGAGGGAAAAUCUCAGAAACUGGAAGCUCCGCUAAGAUUAGAGAAGCAACUUGGCACACACCCAGCCCAGCCUGAUUAUACCGUGAGAAAUGGGGAGUGCCCACACGGCGCAUGUUGAGGACCGACGCCACCGAUGGGACUCAGAAGAUUCUGAUGUAGCAACUAACCUGCAACAUGGUUGAUUAUUGGCUGGAGGAGUUUCUUUUUCAAAAAAUUGAAAUUUCCAUGGUUCUCUUCGAGCGUUGCUGGAACUUCCGAAGAUUCUCGUUCAUGAUGGAGAGUUUCUUCUUCGCGUCACGACGCUCAACAGGAUAUCACGACGCUCAACAGGAUGUCAGCGUGCAAAAAACAUUCCUUCG